CAGAGCAACGCAAUCAUGGCGCUUGUUGCUGUGCAGACUUCGCCCUUUUCCGGGUAUACGGUUAACCGUUUCAGUGGCGUACAGAAAAUUCAAAUACACAGAAUCGUCUGUAUUUGCGCACAGCUAGUAGCAAGAAUGGCCGCGAUGUUUACGUGUUGGCUAGGCUGCUGCGGAGAUGGCGGAUCGGGGCAUAUUCCCCUCAAAGAAAUGCCUACAGUUCAGUUAGAUACUCACCACAUGGGCACAGAUGUUGUCAUUGUGAAGAGCGGCCGGAGGAUAUGUGGCACUGGAGGCUGUCUGGCCAACGCUCCUCUGCACCAGAACAAAAGCUAUUUUGAGUUUAAGAUCCAGUCCACUGGUGUGUGGGGAUUAGGUGUGGCGACGCAGAAAGUGAAUCUUAAUCAAGUGCCUAUGGGCAGAGACACAAACAGCCUAGUCCUGAGGCAUGAUGGGUCUGUGUACCACAAUAAUGAAGAGAAGAAUCGCCUGCCUGCAAACAGCCUUCCUCAGGAGGGUGACAUUGUGGGCAUCACAUACGACCACGUGGAGCUGAAUUUAUAUCUGAACGGAAAGAACAUGCAUUGUCCUGCCUCAGGGAUCCGAGGCACUGUAUACCCUGUUGUUUAUGUGGAUGACAGUGCCAUCUUAGACUGCCAGUUUAGUGACUUCUAUCACACAGCUCCACAAGGAUUUGAGAAGAUCCUGUUUGAACAACAAAUCUUCUAAAGGAGAACUUCAGCCUCAACGCCUCUUUACGUCGUCACCUACCCUAUAUCUCAUAGCAACCUCUGUGACACUACAGUUUGACCUUGAUUGGAUAUUAUGUGCGGCUUGAACGCCUCUUGUUUCGCCCCCUCCCUGAUUACUCUGUCUCUCUACUGAUGCUCUGCAUUGACGUGGAGUAUCCUUGAAGGAGUGGAGAUUUCUGAUCAUUGGUCGGCUAUGACUAUGCUGAUGGUUAACUGUCAAAUCAUUACCUUGUGUCAGUGAUCAUCACUCUGUAUUAACUGAAUCACUUGCUGCUUACAUUCUCAAUCAGUGUGUAGAGGCAGGACAGUGGAUGUAAUGGUAAAAUGUUCACAUAUUUCAGGAUCAAAAGCCAUGUUUUAUUGACAUUGCUAUAUACUUUUUCUUUUGGAUCAUGUAAUCUAAAUUUCAUACGGACAUCUCAGCAUACAUACCUGUAUUUAUUUGAGUCACGGACCAGAAUGAUAUCUCUAUGGCAAAUGUGUGUUUUUGUUUUUGUCAGUCAACAAUAUCCCAUUCACUUUUACGUUGCCUUCUUUAAUUCAAAAAUGCAAAGUGGGGAUAUUGCAACACUUUUUAAAUUCAUGUCACUUUUUCAAUUUGAGUUGACACAAAGAUGGUUUAAAAAUACUCCAGUAAAACCAGUGCACAUUCACGGGGACAGCCAUGUCGACUUCUCGCUGAGGUGACGUGAGGGAAAUCAAAGUGAAACAUUUCUUAAAUGGCUGUCGAUAUGUAUUACGCUUG